GUCACGUGAGUUUGCAUAAAACGCGAGCAUGUGGGCUUUCUCUUAUCGUUCGCGUUGAAGGUGAAGCGUUCACUAGCCGGCCUCUAUACGAUCCAAAGAUGUCGACUCUGUCUGCUGCCAGCCUGGAGUCUGCUCCUGUUAUUGAGAGCACUGAGCAGAAGAAGCCACUGAAACCAUGCUGUGCUUGUCCAGAAACAAAGAAAGUCAGAGAUGCUUGCAUCAUUGAAAAGGGAGAGGAAAACUGCACACACCUAAUCGAGGCACAUAAAGAUUGCAUGAGGGCGCUUGGAUUCAAGAUUUAACCACUCCAUUUUGUUUGUGUGUGUGUGUGUUGCUGUGCGAGUGGAGACCAACCCUGGAUAUUCCUUUCUUCUUCUUUCCCCAUCUUAUUUAUACCUCAGUGAGAAGGGAAGUGUGAAUAUGAUGCUGUGAGGCUCUGAUGGUUUGAUCUUUCUGUGUGAAAGUUUUUUUUUUUUUUUUUUUUUUAAAUGUGUGCAGAAUUUGAGAAAUUUCUGAUUAUCUAAAAUGCUGUCUGAAAUUGAAUAAAAGUCCUAUGCAAUAA